UGGGAUUACCAAGCAGUAGGGAGUUAUUUGAUGCUAAAUUGGAGAAGAAAACUUACAGGAUUAUUACUCAAGUUUAUGAAUGAUUCCCAAAAAACAUUGCUUCCAGUUGUCCAAAAGCCAGAUGGGAAGAAAAAUUGGAUGGUUUGUGAUCAGAUUCCUAUGAACAAUUUCUGCUGCUAAAUAGAUCUCUCGGUGUUUGUUUAUCUUUUAUAUCUCCUCUGACUACUCUAUGUUAUAUUUGAUAUUACUGAUUCUGAGGUACCAAAUUUAGUUUAUUAUUUAAUUUUUAAAGAAGAAUAGAAUGAUUUGCUUAAUAAAGCUCCAACAAGUCACAUAUGUAGUACCUGGUAUUGAAGACUUUGACCACAUUGAUAUCUCUGAAUUUGUUCAAAAAGCUCAGGGUCUCUUAGUAAGUUUCAGAAAAUUAGAACUUGGAGACAUUGACAGUGACAGCUGAGGAAUUAGCUGUGGUACCUAUAUUUCAGAAUCAACUUUCCAUGCUUGAACACUGCUCAUCUUUCAUUCUUCAGAUUUUAUAGGCAGCAAGUAAUCUCUUGAAAGCUACUGUUCCCUUCUCUUGUUGCAUAGAGAUGACAUACUUUAAUGUGGUUGAUGGCAAGGGAUAUUCUUCUCUAUAUGAACCACGACCAAGCAUUAAGGGUCAAUACGAGGAUUCUUUCGGAAAGAUUCUUUUGGUCAAUUUUCGUGGCUGCCCAACCACUUACUUAAUGGUGGCGACAGGCUACUUUUCAUGGACGAGGUGGGGGUGGGUUUUCUCUUGUUGCAUCGGUCUUCGAUGACAAUGGCAUGCUUUUGCUUGCUUCCAUCCUAUUGUCAUCGUUCCGUCGUAAGUUCUUGAUCCUUGGUCCAAAGAUAGUUCGGUACAGGGAUUCAUUGGGAAAGAUUCUUUUGGUCUAUUUCAUGACCGCCACUUCCUCGACGAAGGUGGAAACCUAGCCGUAGACACCAUCAUCAGCUUAGAUUCCUUGGUAGAGGCUAAAAACGAAGGUGGCGAUCAACAAGGAGGGUUUUCUGUAGUUGCAUCGAUGGUGAUCUCAUGCUUUUGCUUGUUUCCUAUCCUAUGGUGGCUAUUCUUUCGUAAAUUCUUGAUCCUUGGUGCAGAGAAGUGUCGGUUCAAAGAUUCUUUUGGUCACAGAUUUUCAUAGCAAGCUAUGCUGCUGCCUAGCUUGCAAUGAAGAUGGCAAUUUACGAGGAGGUUUUUUUCUCUCAUUAGGCCGGUGAUGCUCUGUCUUUCUUCCAGCGCUAUCAUUGCUGUUUGAUCACAGAUUCUUGAUCUAAUGGUCCAGAGGAGAAGAGUAAGUAGGUUGGUUCUUUGGGACAUGGAGUGUUCCUUUCCCACAUGAUUGAUUUAUGCCCAUUGGCGAGGAAACCUUCUGUCAAUGGCAUAAUUGCGUUGAUAAAGGAACCUGAGGUGUAGUAGAUUUUUUGGUCAUAGUGUGUUGCUAUGAUUGUGCUGUUUGUGCUUCUUAUGGAUGAAGAAGAGAUAAUUGGAUUGGUUGCCGAUAAGUGGCUGAGAAAGUUUAUUCAUUAGUGUUUGAUAAAUCCAGCUAAUCUGUUUGUAAUAUUAUGAUCAGCUUAGUGAGUGUGGGAAGUUCUAUAUGGCAAGCCAAGGCAGGCACCGACUACAACCAGUAAUUGAAUAUGAUAUUUAUUCAGAAUAGAGAAGAAAUUGGACUUCCAAAGGGUUUGGAGGAUAUUCAUACCGAGUCCCAAUCCCAAAAUGUUCAAAAACUUAAGCAGCAGAUCGAUGAAGGAAGGCCUACUUCAGAAAAUGAUAAAGAUGAUGAUGCUCAUAAACCAUGUAGGGAACUGAGAAAGAGGAUAGCCAAGUGCGGUACUGACCAAAUUGAAGUUGGAAGCAAUGAUGAACGUGGUAUUGACAACUUUAAUGUCUCUCAGAUAGAUGGCAACCGAAGUGAUGAAGAUAUGCCUAAGCCAAAGAGGACCAAGAGAAAGUCAAAGAGGCAGACAAAUGACAUUGAAAAACCCACUCGGAAGCAUAAGAAAGCCUUUGUAAAACCUGAUUCUGUUGUAGAGAAUUCACCUAAAAAGAAGUUUCCUCAUGCCACAAGGCGAAGGAGAAGGCAAGUGAACAAAGUUUUACUGCAAACACCUGAAGAUGAGAUUGACCUAAGACAGAUUAGCAUAAGAGACCUAAUAAUGCUUGCAGAGGCUAAGGAGCGGAUAGCAAGAAAAGAAACGGCGGCAAUGAGUAAAUUAUUCUCUGGUCAGAGAUGGAAUGGUCAAAACCAAAAUGGCAGGAUGUGCCUCCAAACCAAUGCUUCAGCUAUGCAGGUGUGUAUCACUGAUGGAAAACUGGUUCUUUGCUGGAGGUGGUAAUAAUAAGAUUGAUAUGUGUGAAGCAUUUGUUUCAUUAGUUAUAUCUUCUAUUUUCCUUUGGCUUUUAUUAAAUGAACAAUAAUAAAAGCAUUGUUCUUACUUAGUUGAACUAUAUUUAUGGAUUAGUCACUUGCCCGAUGGCAUUUCUAGCA